AUGAAGCUGCUUGCUGGCCUUGCUGCUCUCGUCUCCCUGGGUGCAACCGCUCCUCAGCCACCCACCCCUCUUGAUGUCCAGCUCCAGAUGGAUGGCAACAGUGCCGUCAAGGCUACCAUCACCAAUAAUGGCAAGGACGACUUGAAAAUAUUUAGGACAGGAACCAUUCUCGACAAAUCUGCUAUCCAAAAGACCCGUAUCACCGGUGUGGACGGCAAGGCCGCAUCUUUCGAGGGUUUCCGCCAGCGAAUUACCACCAAGGGUCUGAAAGACGACGCCUUUGAGCGCAUUCCCGCUGGGCAGUCUAUCGAAGUCACCUUUAACGUGGGCGAGGUGCAUGACCUCUCAUCCGGCGGCAAAUUCGACAUCCACUCCUCCGGCGUCAUGCACUUUGCCAACGACAGCGACAACACCAUCAUCGGCUCUGUCCCUUACCACUCCAACUCCAUCACAGCCAACAUCAACGGCUCCGAGGCAGGCGCCCUCCUCAAGUCCUUCCAACGGGCACAAAAGCGCGCCAUGAAGCGCACCAAUGUCCAGUCUGACUGCACCGGCAGUCAUCGCUCCGUGACAGACACCGCGCUCAACAACUGCCAGCAACUCGCCAGCUCUGCCCAGUCAGCCGCGCGGUCCAACGACGCCAAGGUGAAAGAGUACUUCAAAGACUCUAGCGAGGCGACCAAGAGCGCCGUCGCCGACGUGUUCGGCAAGGCGGCUACCGAGUGCGGCUCGACCGGCGGCGGCGUCUCUAAAUACUACUGCACCGACAUCUCCAACCAGUGCAACGGCGGUGUCUUGGCCUACACUUACCCUGGUCAGAGCUACCAGGCCUACUGCGGCUCGUACUUUGAGAUGACUCCCUUGACGUCCCAGUGCCACGCCCAGGACCAAGCCACGACCAACUUACACGAGACUACGCACCUAACGCAGAUCAAGGGCACAACCGACAAUGGCUACGGCUACGACAACGCCAUGAAGCUGGAUACUCAGAAGGCUCUUGACAACGCUGACACCUAUGCCUUGUUUGCCAACGCCAUCAGGGCCAACUGCUAG